UGGGGCGCGCGCCCGGCCGCAGCCCCCGCCCCGCGCCGCCCCGCGUCCGCAGCGCCGGGUUUCCCACGGCGCCCGCCCCCGCACGCCCGGCGCCGCCCGCCCGCCCUCCUCGCGGCCCAAGCAGCCCAGGCCUCUCGCGAACAUGGCGCUUGUUCCCUGUCAGGUGCUGCGGGUGGCUAUCUUGCUGUCCUACUGCUCUAUCCUGUGCAACUACAAGGCCAUCGAAAUGCCCUCGCAUCAGACCUACGGCGGGAGCUGGAAAUUCCUGACGUUCAUUGAUCUGGUUAUCCAGGCUGUCUUUUUCGGCAUCUGUGUGCUGACUGAUCUUUCCAGUCUCCUGACCAGAGGCAGUGGGAGCCAAGAACAGGAGAGACAGCUCAAGAAGCUCAUCUCUCUUCGUGACUGGAUGUUAGCCGUGGUGGCCUUUCCUGUGGGCGUUUUCGUUGUGGCAGUGUUCUGGAUCAUUUAUGCCUAUGACAGAGAGAUGAUCUACCCGAAGCUGCUUGAUAAUUUUAUCCCAGGGUGGCUGAAUCAUGGCAUGCACACGACGGUUUUGCCCUUUAUAUUAAUCGAGAUGAGGACAUCGCACCAUCAGUAUCCCAGCAGGCGCAGUGGACUCACCGCCAUAUGUACCUUCUCUGUUGGCUAUAUAUUAUGGGUGUGCUGGGUGCACCAUGUCACUGGCAUGUGGGUGUACCCUUUCCUGGAACACAUCGGCCAGGGAGCCAGAAUCAUCUUCUUUGGGUCUACAACCAUCUUAAUGAAUUUUCUGUACCUUCUGGGAGAAGUUCUGAACAACUACAUCUGGGAUACACAGAGAAGUAUGGAAGAAGAGAAAGAGAAGCCCAAGUUGGAAUGAGAUCCAGGUCUAAAAGGGAGCACUGGAUUGAGCCACCACUGAAGACUCCUCCCUCCCCAGCCCUAGGCAUUGGCAGUGCCUGAGGACAAGAGCUUCGGGGAGGAGGGGGCAUCUUUUAUAUAUAAAUAUGUAUAAAAACAGAACACAGUUGUUUCCAAGAUAUCUUACAUUCACUGUGUUUUAAGGAAUUCUGUCCAAAUUCGUUAUUGAUAAUGACGUCUUUUUUCUCCUCCAGUUUUCAGGCUGUAAUUGGCCAUUGGGUUUUCAUUUUUGCAAUUAUAACUCCAUUUAAUCAAGAAAGAUUAAAAUUUGACUGCAUUUCUUGUUGAGAAACAUGUUAAAAGCAGAGAGGCAGCUGUAGAGUAGGGAUGUGCGUAUUUAGUCCUAAAGGUGGCUGGAGUAAUGAGUCUGGGCCAGGUGUGAGCCCCAGAAGAAGAAUAGAUAUUUCCCAUUGCAAUAAUGUCACAAUUGCCUCAAAUGAGCAAUGUUAGUAAUAAUGAUAUUUAAAUCUCUUGACUUAAUCUUGUGAAACUUUCCCUAGACUCAUACUUUAAUAAAGACCAAGCAACCCCAUACCUGAUGUCUGCAUGGAACAGCUCAAA